CUUCACUGACAAUAAUUACCCCACAAAUAUUAAUCUCCAGGAUUAUGAAUCUGGGACCCGACAAGGAGCUCUCCUCUUCGUCCUUCGGGAUACUCUCAAUUCGUUCUUCGUUCAAAAUGCAGCGUAAAAGGUUAUUGGUUUCAGGAGUAGAAGUUAAAGUUUUAAGAGGAAGGUGAUGGAAGAUCAACAUUCGGUUAAUAGUCCAAGAAGAAUAUUAAGUUUUACGAAGAGAAGGAGAGCAACUGUAUCUUUUUUAGAUCAUGAUGGCAAGGCUUAUUCCGGGUUCAGUCCCAAGACUUCUGAAGUUUAUGGCUUUGUUGGAUCCAUCACCACAGUUGUCACUACAGUUCUUUUCUUGGUAUGGGCAUAUGUUCCUCAACGCUUGUUACACACCAUUGGGAUUUCUUACUACCCUAGCAGGUAUUGGGCAUUGGCGGUGCCAGCUUAUGCUAUGGUGACUCUAGUAUUAGCAUUAUCUUUUUACAUUGGCCUCAAUUUCAUGUUGACUCCUUCAUCAACUUCCUUGAAUACAAUGUUUGAUGAAUUCAGCAGAGAACCUUCAAAUUCUGUUUCCAUACCAGAGGGAGAUGAGCAGCCGAUUGAGCCUAUCUCUGAGAUUGGCAUCCACAAAAUCAAUGCUCUAAUGUUUAAUAAUGGAAAAUGGCCACUGUAAAUGCCCAUUUUGUUUUGUGAAUCUAUGAUCUCGUUCGUUAUUGAAUUGAUUCCGAGUAAAUUUUCUUAA